AUGGAAGCCAAAGGUUUUUACCACGAACGCGCUUCCAGAGUCGUCAAGACUCUCUUCCCACGGAACGAAAACUCACCUCAAGCCGAGGUGAAACAACGGGCAGCGGUUUCCAUGUCGCUGGUGCGUGACAAUAAGGACCGCUGGAUGGCAGACAUUGAACAGCGUCUAGCCGUGAGGACAGCGGAGCUUACUGCGGAACGAGCUCGAAAGACCAUAGUCGAAUCCACCAACAAAGCUUCGGCCAAGUUGGCAGAUAUGGAUGCCUGCUCUUCAGGCACAUUAUCUCGGAGGAGAACUACCAGACAUGGACCAAAACUACAAAUUGGGAUGGAUCCAGAGGCAAAUUACAACUGCCUCAAAAUGUGA